AUGCUCCACCAGGCUCAACCAGGUGCGGUGGCAGCAGCCACGGCCUCAUCAGAAGACCUCAGGGACCAGAGUGCCAGCCCCAAACUCAUGGGCCUUGAGGCAGAUCUGGAUACCAGUGCAGAUGGGAAGCCAGCCCACCACCUGAGGACCACCCCUGCAGCUCCCCUAACGUUCAUUAUCGACUGCGCCCGCCCGUGGGAAACAGCUCUCGCGGGCCGCCCCCUGGUGCCGCCGCGAGCCCUCGGUCCCAACCCAGGCCCCGCCACCUCUCCAAUGAAGACCUACAUCGUGUUCUGUGGGGACAGCCAGCCCCAUCUGCUUCAGGAGGCCACCUUGGCUGGGGGACACCUUGCACCCUGCAGAGGGACUGCAGCCCCAGCUUUCUCCCCAGGCAGCCCGCUGUGGUCCCAGGAGCCUCCUGAAGCCAAGGGGAGCCCCUCGAAGACGGUGCCCACAAGGUCUUCGGCUUGGGGAACAGUCGUGAACUUGUUCAAAGCCUCCUCCUGUGUCUGUGGGCAGGCAGAUUAA